AUUUCGAUCAUCGUUGUUGAGGAGCUAUCAUUAAUUUUGGUGUUUCGUGAAUUUGAAGUCUCUUUUUAUUUAUUAUUAUAUUUUUCAAUUAUGUUGCACUCGAGUUGGCAGUGUUUGGUGGUAGAAGUUUCCAUUUUUAAUUAUUAAUACACUGUAGGUGUGUAUAUAGCUAUAUAUAAGCUGUUGAUCUUUGCGUUUCUUGGAUCAAUACAGAAAUUAGGGUUUUGAGUGUUCUUUUUAUUCUCACGAUUAGAGUAUUGAGUUCUGUUAGGGGAUCUACGCAAUGGCAAAGAAUUCUUCGAAUGGUGAUCACAUAACAACCACAAAGCAGCCUCCAAGCCCAUCUCCUUUGCGAAAUUCGAAAUUUUUUCAGUCCAAUAUGAGAAUUUUGGUUACUGGUGGAGCUGGCUUUAUUGGGUCUCACCUAGUAGACAGACUGAUGGAAAAUGAAAAGAAUGAGGUAAUUGUUGCUGAUAAUUACUUCACUGGUUCAAAGGACAAUCUUAAAAAAUGGAUUGGUCAUCCAAGAUUUGAGCUUAUUCGUCAUGAUGUCACAGAGCCUUUGUUGGUUGAGGUUGAUCAGAUAUACCAUCUUGCAUGCCCCGCUUCUCCAAUUUUCUAUAAAUACAAUCCUGUGAAGACGAUAAAGACAAAUGUUAUCGGCACAUUGAACAUGCUAGGACUUGCCAAGCGAGUCGGAGCAAGGAUUUUGCUUACAUCAACCUCAGAGGUAUAUGGUGAUCCUCUUAUCCACCCCCAACCUGAGAGCUACUGGGGUAAUGUUAACCCAAUUGGAGUUCGGAGCUGCUAUGACGAGGGAAAGCGCGUGGCUGAGACAUUGAUGUUUGAUUAUCAUAGGCAGCAUGGGAUUGAAAUACGUAUUGCUAGAAUCUUCAACACAUAUGGGCCACGUAUGAAUAUUGAUGAUGGUCGUGUUGUCAGCAAUUUCAUAGCUCAAGCGCUUAGGGAUGAAGCAUUGACGGUUCAAGCUCCUGGAACACAGACUCGCAGUUUCUGUUAUGUCUCUGAUAUGGUUGAUGGCCUUAUUCGGCUUAUGGAAGGCGAGAACACUGGGCCAAUCAACAUUGGAAACCCAGGUGAAUUUACCAUGCUUGAACUUGCUGAGACAGUGAAAGAGCUUAUCAAUCCUAAUGUUGAGAUAAAAAUGGUUGAGAACACUCCUGAUGAUCCAAGACAGAGGAAACCAGACAUCACAAAGGCAAAAGAAACUCUUGGGUGGGAACCAAAAAUCAAGUUGCGUGAUGGCCUUCCCCUCAUGGAGGAGGACUUUCGACUGAGACUCGCAGUCCCCAAGAAGAAAUGAACAAACAUCUCAAGGGAGUUGAAUUUGGCAAGUCAUUUUUCCUUUGGUACAUGGUGUGUUUCCUCAGCAUGUGGCAUCUUUCUUGUGCUUUUAUUUUUCUAAUUUACAUAUUUCAUCUAAGUAAAUGGUUGUGAGUUUUUUUCUCUCCUUGAAAUUUUGGACUCUGAGAAACUGUGAAACUUUGUUUUCCUUGGUUAGGAAAUAAUGCUGCAUUCUAUUGCCCCA